CACGAUGGCGAAAAUCGAACUCACCGGAGAUUACCUACCCCUCCACUCCAUCGGCUAUUCCGGCAGAGCUCCCGUUGUCUCCCGCGGGCUCGCCGCCGCCUGCUAAUUUCGCGAUUCCCAGCUCGGCUCGGCUCCGCUGUCCGCUCCGCUCCGGCGAUCCCGGCUCGUAGCUAGAUCUGGCCAGCGGGAGAUUGCUUGGCGGGAUGGGGCGGUGCCUGGGGUUGCGGUCGGUCGUCCUACUCUGGGUGGCGGCGGCGGAGGCAGCGGCGGUCGUCGCAGCAUCGGGGCCACGGCAGACGGUAUUGGCAUUGCCUUCAAAUAUGGUGCCAUCUCCAGUCACAUCCAAGGGACAUCACUGGUCUUCCUCCGGUGCAACAUGUAUCAGUCGACCUAAGCUUGUCGAAGUCGUCAAUGGACUGCUCGGUGUCAUGAACCUGCCGUCAACCUGUGCAAUACCAUACGAACAUUCCGCUCCUGAGGAAGUUGCUGCUAACAACGCCUGGCUGGCAAAAUAUCCUUCUGCUUUGGCUUCCUUCGACCAAAUCAUAACCAAUGCACAGGGCAAGAAGAUCGCCUUGUUUCUGGACUAUGAUGGCACCCUUUCGCCUAUCGUCAAUGAUCCCGAGAAGGCGUUCAUGUCCCCAGAGAUGCGCACUGCUGUGAAGAAUGUUGCCAAGUUCUGCCCAACGGCAAUCGUCAGCGGGAGGUCACGUGAAAAGGUGUUUGAAUUUGUGAAGCUGAAGGAGCUCUACUACGCCGGAAGUCAUGGAAUGGAUAUACUGGUAUCCUCUGCAGAUUCUGAAAGUAAAACAAAUAAUGACAAAGAAACCAAACUGUUCCAACCUGCAAGUGAGUUCUUACCCAUGAUCAGUGAGGUUUACAAGUCCCUAGUGGAGGCCACACGAUCAAUCAAGGGUGCAAAUGUUGAGAACAACAAGUUUUGUGUGUCUGUACAUUUCCGCAACGUCGACAAAAAGGACUGGAAAUUAGUCACGGAGAUUGUCGACAAUGUCCUGAAAGCUUUUCCUCGUCUCAAACUAACAACCGGACGAAAGGUUUUAGAGAUUCGUCCAGUGAUUGACUGGGACAAGGGAAAUGCAGUGGAGUUUCUGCUCCAGUUGCUCCAGCUAGAUGACCCUGAAAGCGUUCUUUCUAUCUACAUUGGAGAUGACCAAACCGACGAAGACGCGUUCAAGUUGCUCCGGAAGCGGAACUAUGGAUUUGGGAUUCUCAUUUCGCAAGUGCCAAAGGAGACUGAAGCCUUCUACUCACUCCGAGCCCCAUCUGAAGUGAUGGAAUUCCUCAAUUCCUUGGUAAGAUGGAAGGAACAAUCAGCAUGAAUGAUAAAGAAUGAUAUCUCAGUUAUAGCCGUUUAGUCUGGCAG